AUGUUACGAUUUUUCUUUCGUUAUCGAUCAAAUAAGUCGAAUUAUAUACUUAGUGUAUUCUUAUUUUCAUUUGCUGUAUUCAUUUAUAUAUUUUCUUAUCAAAAUUCUUCACAAAAUAAAAUUAAUAUAUCAAACGAUAUUCCUCCAUUUUCAAAUGUAUCAUCAAAUAUUCGUACACAUGAUUUUCAUGUUUAUCCAGAAUCUCGUUCAUUUAUUGAAUAUGAACGUAUACAAAUUGAUAAUAUUGCUCGAUCAAUGUUUUUUUCAAAUAAAAAUAAUAACGAUGAUGAACAAAAAAAUGAUUAUACACAACCAAUUGAAUAUUCUGAAUCGAAAUUUCGCUCUGCAUCCGUCCCAAUUAUAUGGCUUAAUAAACAUGGUGAUGUUCGUUGGAAUCAGGCAGCACAAUAUGAAACAUUAAAUUAUUUAUUAGAAAAACAAUUUCCCAAAGAUGAUAUAAAAACUUGUUUAACUCGACAAUUAUUUGUUUUAGAACAAUGGCCAAUGGGUUUUUUUAGUCGUCAUCAUUGUUUAAUUGAACAUUUUGGACAAACUUUAUAUUCACCAUCAAUGACUUUAUUAUUACCUAGACGUCUUAUUGUAUCAAAUGCAGCAGUAGAAGAUUUUCAAAAUGAAGGUAUACUUCGUUAUUAUCAAUCAAUAUCAUUAUGUUCAUCGUAUUUAAAUCAUCCAAUAUUAAAACCUCUUCAUAAUCAUAUACAAUCUAUUGGAUAUGGUUCAUCUAAUACAAAAAUUAUUAAUAAUAUUAAUCAAUUACUUGAACGUGAUGAAUCAACAAUUAAAUAUAAAUAUAGUAGAGAAAUUUGGAAAUUUGGUUAUGAUCAUGUACCACAUAGACGAUGGUUAUUUGAUCGAAAAAGAGAAGAAAUUAAAAAAAUUAUUAAUUAUCAUUCACCUAUUGCAUUACUUAUUAAUCAUGCAAAUGAACAUAUUUAUUAUUUUAAUGAUUCUUCAUUAGAUUUAAAUAAAUGGGUACCAAGAAAUUCACCACAAGCACUACCGAAAGAUGUUCUAGUUGGUACUUCAACCAAUUUAACAAUACCUGAUCAUAUCUUUAGUUCAUUUCUUCGUUAUAUGUUUCUUUUAUUCUUUUCUCAAUUAGCUCCACGUAUUCAAACAUCAGCAAAAUUAUUAGCUCAUCAUUGGUCUGAAUAUUUAUCUGAUAAAUAUAAUAAACCUUAUGAUGAAGCUUUAUCAAAAAUGGCUACUUUAUUCAUUCGUCGUGGUGAUAAAAUGCCUGAAGACUCAUUUUGGCAAAAACAUCAACGAUGGAGAAAUAUAUCAAUGUAUGUUAAAGGUAUAGUUGAUGAAGAAAAACGUCGUCAUAUAAAUUACACAGCAAUAUUUGUUAUGACUGAUGAUACAACAGUAAUGAAAUCUAUUCAAGAAUAUUCUCGUGUUGGUUUAACUAGUUCAACUAAUGAUGAACCUUAUGCACGUCAACAUUUACAUCAUCGAGAAAUAAUAUAUAAUGUUUUUGCUCCUCAAUCUUGUUUUGAUCCAUUUAUUCGUAUUGGUUUUGAUCAAUUUCUAGUCAAUGUACAAUUCAUUACUGAUCAUUCAUCACUUGUUGUUGGACAUACUGAUUCUAAUGUUGGAAGAUAUUUAGAAGAAAUUAUUUAUGUUAAUCGACAGCAUGAAAAAAAUUUACAAACAACAACGUAUGUUAUUAAUGCACCAGAUUCUCUUGAUUAA